AUGUUGGCUGUUCAUCUCAUUUCCUUCUUUUUCUCCAAACUCCAGGAGGACCCCACAAAGAAGGUCGACAGGUUUCUGCAUGCAAUGCGCCUCCAUGAUGACCAGUUAAUUGAUAUCUCAGCUCGUUUCCAGGCUGAAAUGAAGAAGGGGCUCUCAGCUGAAAGUUCGGCCGCUGCAGCUGUAAAAAUGCUGCCGACACAUGUCCGCUCCACUCCUGAUGGCUCAGAGAAGGGACAGUUUCUGGCACUGGAUCUUGGAGGCUCCAAGUUUAAGGUGCUCCAGGUUAAGGUGAGAGAGGGGAUGGGGGUCAGGAAGGGAGGAGUGGAGAUGGAGGAGAAGAUAUACCCUAUGUCAAAGGAGCUGCUCAAUGGGAGAGCACCAGAGUUAUUUGACCAUGUGUCAGAAUCUCUGAAGGACUUUCUUCACGUAAAGAACAUCAGUCUGGAUAAGAAACAUCCUCUGGCAUUCACUUUUUCCUUCCCCUGCGAACAGACCCGCUUGGAUAAGGGAUUACUGUUGAGCUGGAGUAAGAACUGCCGGGCUCGAGGCCUUCAGGGGAAAGAUGUGGUCCAGGCUCUCAGAGAGGCUAUUGACAGAACUGGGGGAAUGGACAUAGAAGUGUUAGCGAUGGUUAAUGAUACUGUGGCGACAAUGAUGACCUGUGGUUUUGAUGAUCAGUACUGCGAUGUAGGGCUCAUCAUUGGCACAGGCACCAACGCGUGUUACAUGGAGGAGCUGCGUCAUGUUGACCUGGUGGAGGGAGACGAGGGCAGGAUGUGUGUGAACACCGAGUGGGGAGGCUUUGGAGACGAUGGGGCCCUAAAUGAUUACAUAACAGAGUUUGAUCAGGAUGUUGAUGCAACCUCUAUCAAUCCUGGAAAACAAAUCUUUGAGAAGAUGGUCAGUGGGAUGUAUCUGGGUGAGCUAGUGAGGCUGGUUGUGUUAAAGAUGGCUAAACUGGGACAGCUGUUUGAUGGACUCGUGCCUGAUGCCCUGAGGACCAAAGGGAAGAUAACCACAGCACACGUGGCAGCCAUGGAGGAGUACAAAAAUGGUCUGAAGAACACCAGAGAUAUUCUCGUGGAGCUCGGUUUGAACCCAUCACAAGAUGACUGCAUUGCUGUUCAACACGUCAGCACCAUCGUGUCCUUCAGGUCCUCCAAUCUGGUGGCCGCGGGGCUGGCUGCCAUCUUAACCCGAAUCAAGCAAAACCGGCAUUUGAGGGCAUUGAGGAUCACUGUGGGAGUGGACGGAACUGUGUACAAGACACAUCCGCAGUAUGCUAAACGUCUCCAUAAGGUGGUGCGCCGGUUGCUUCCUGAGUGCCAGGUUAGAUUCGUCCUCUCGGACAGCGGCAGCAGCAAAGGGGCUGCCCUGGUAACAGCAGUUGCCCAACGCUUGGCAUCACGGAAGAGACAGGUGGAUGAGACACUGGCUCCCUUCAAACUGAGUCAAGAGCAGCUCCAGUUGGUCAAGGCCACGAUGAGAGCAGGGCUGGAGGCAGGGCUAAAGAACAAAGGCCCCUCAGCAGUUAAGAUGCUGCCCUCUUACGUUUACCAUACACCUGAUGGCACAGAGCGUGGAAAAUAUCUUGCUUUGGAUCUGGGAGGAACCAACUUCAGAGCUAUGCUGGUCAAAUUCAAGAAAGGCCUUCAAAACAACACACGGCUUUACCAUAAAAUCUACACUGUACCGCUGGAGAUAAUGCAGGGAACAGGAGAAGAGCUGUUUGAUCAUUUAGCACAAUACGUGAGUGACUUCCUGGACUACAUGGGGAUGAAGAAAGCACAUCUUCCAGCAGGCUUCACCUUCUCUUUCCCCUGUGAGCAGACGGCCAUUGACACGGGUAUCCUGGUUAGCUGGACCAAAGGCUUCAAGGCCACAGACUGCGAAGGACAUGAUGUUGUUAACUUGCUACGGGAGGCCAUCAAAAGACGUAACGAGUAUGACUUGGACAUAGUAGCAGUGGUCAAUGACACAGUUGGGACAAUGAUGAGCUGUGCCUAUGAAGACCCUCAGUGUGAAGUUGGACUGAUUGCAGGAACUGGGUCAAAUGCUUGUUACAUGGAGGAACUCAAGAACAUUGAGAAGAUUAGACAAAAGAAACAGAAAACAGAAGGAGACGAGGAGACACCUGAAGCAACAUCAAAGAUGUGUAUAAACACGGAGUGGGGGGGUCUGGGUGAUGAUGGAUCCUUGGAUGACAUCAUCACACCUUUUGAUGCUGAGGUGGACCACAACUCAGUAAACCCUGGAAAACAAAGGUUUGAAAAGCUCACCAGUGGGAUGUAUUUAGGUGAAAUUGUCCGAGAGGUAUUACUGGAUCUAACAAGAGGAGGUUUGCUGUUCAGAGGACGCGUCACGGAAACCUUAAAAACACCUGGAAUAUUCCAAACUAAAUAUCUGUCACAAAUAGAGAGUGACCGUUUGGCUCUACUGCAAGUCAGAUCUAUUCUCCAGCACCUGGGGCUCGACAGUACCUGCGAUGACAGCAUCAUUGUCAAAGAGGUAUGUGGAGCGGUAUCGCGCCGAGCAGCAGAGCUGUGUGGGGCAGGCAUGGCAGCCGUGGUAGAUAAGAUCAGAGAGAACCGAGGACUGGACCAUCUGAACAUCACUGUAGGGGUUGAUGGUGCACUCUACAAACUACACCCACAUUUUUCUGGAGUCCUUCAAGAGACUACCAGAGUUUUGGCUCCUCAGUGUAACGUGACCUUCUUGCCUUCAGAGGAAGGCAGCGGGAAAGGUGCUGCCCUGAUUACUGCUGUAGCCAGGCAGAAGCGAGAUCGUUGA